ACUCGACGUAGUAGUAGAAGUAUUGGAUAGACUUUAAGACACAAUGGAACUUACAUCUUUGGAAGGCGCCACGAAGCCAACCACGACCAUAUCAACGAGCACUGACGUUGUCGUCGACGAUCAUGGUUGGUCCGUGAGCGGGAUCGAACACAGUGCCUUGGUCCGUACCGUCUACGGGGUCAUCGGUUUCAGCGGAAUGGCGGGGAAUGCGCUCGUCUGCUUCGUUCUCAUACGCGUACCUCCACUUCGUACGCGCACUAGCCGGUUCGUCGUCAACCUCGCCAUCGCUGAUUUUCUCACUUCCUUCUGGCUUAUACCCAUUCAUGUGUUUCCACAAGUUCCAUCCAUACCAAAGGGACUGGCAGGCGAAUUUAUGUGUCGUUUUUACAUUUCGAAAUAUAUCCUCUGGCUAUUCAUCAUCACGUCCAUCUAUUUCCUAGUGGUGGUGACCUUGGAACGCUAUGUUGCCGUGGUGCAUCCGUUGAAAUACAAGCGUGUUUUCACCACAAGGCUCACCGUACUUAUUUCCUCUUGUUGCUUGCUUAUUGGUAUCAUGGCGCCAACAUUCUUCUUCUUCGUAUAUGAUGUCGUCGACAGCGUAUGUAUCUACUUGCCCUACCCAAGCCCAGCACACAAAUUGGGUGUAGGUUUGCUGUGCUUUACUGUUAUCUACGGUAUUCCCAUCGUUAUCCUGCUAUUGUUGCACAGUCAGACCAUCAAGUCCCUGAGACGUCAAGCCAAGACCCUCGCUGCCAACAUUGCAGAACAUGGACAAUCUGAACAACCUCGCAGGAAUGUCAACAUUUCAGGAGAGAUAGAAGGGAAUCGUCGACCCACGGUGGUUGACAAUGCCAACAACAAAUGGCACCUGAAGGUAGCGAAUGACAUGCAGAAGACGUUCUUCGUGGUCAUCCUGGUCUUCAUCCUCUGCUGGGCACCAAACCAGUUGCUGUUUCUCUGCUACUCCCUCGGCGCGCCUGUCGACUUCAGCAAGACCUACUACCACUUCUCCGUCAUCUUUGCGGUAUGCAACUCUUGCGCGAAUCCCUUCAUAUACGUCUUCAAGAACAAGUUGUUCCGUCGUGGUAUACGUCAGGCAGUGCGUUGCGUCGGUCGUGGUGACCACGAUGAUAGGUCGGCCAGUGUCUCAUUCAGACAGUUUGAAAACAGCGUUCAACCGCACUCUACGACCUUGCACCAACAAAAUCAAUCCCGACAUACAACAGUGUCUGUAGGUUCCAUGUCAAUUGCUCCGGCGAACAAUUGCUCCGCUAUGAAUUCCGCACACAAAUGAAAUUACCAACUUUAACCCUGGAUUUAACACUGUUCUCUAUCCUAAACCUAACCAUAAACCUAAGAGAAAAUCCUAUUGCAACCCUUACUCGUGCGCUAUAUCUUAGACGAGAUAAAGUCAAGAGCAAAUGUCGUAUCACCGUAUCUAGGUAUCGGUUAGCUGUAAUCUAUAAAAUCCACAAAGGUAGCAAAGAAGCAUGUGCACAGAAUAUAUUUAAAUCAAGGCUACUCGUAGGCCUACAAUUAUCCCGAGCUGCAACCCCGUUUUGGGGAUCAAAUUUGUCUUUGCCAAAUUUAGUCAGUAAUCCCAAGGCCUAGUUCAUAUUGCACAGAAUAUUUUGUGUGUUGUUUUUAUCCUUUUAUCCAUAUUGGCAGAAUGAUUUUAAGUCUGAACAAGCUUGAUGCCACUUCGAAUUUGUUUUUUUUUUUUAUUAAACGUGCUGGGGUAUAACGAACGUAAAAUACAGAUGAAUGGAAUUUUAUUUAAGAUGUUGUAAAAAUUGACAGUGAGACAAUGCACUUAG